AUGGAACAACUCUUUUUCUCAAGCAAACGCUUUUGUUUCGUCAUCAUAUUCGCUGCACUAGCAGCAGCUGAUGACGACUUUACCGGUUUGCUAUGCGUUAGUGAGUGCAACACCUGCCCUGCCGUUUGUUCAUCUCCUCCGUCUGUCUCCAAGCCACCACCCUCUCCAACUCCCCCUGCUGUUGCAUCCAGGCCGCCACCGUCACCUUCUCUGGUCCAACAUGCUCCGCCACCGCCACGAUUUUACUAUUUUGAUUCACCGCUAUCUAUAGCACCGCCUCUGACAAAGUCGACUCCACCACCAGCAUAUACCUCAGUGGGUGGAAAGAAAACCAGUCCACCACCUCCACGAUUCGUGUACUUUCCUUCCGCUGGUGGUGAUUCUGGACAAACAAGUUAUCCAUAUCCGUACUACGUUUAUGAUUCAAAGGCUUGUUCUUUGUGCGUAGGGUUUUUCUGGGUUUUAUGGCUGUUGGUCGUGGUUCAUGUUACACUUCAAGUUCCUGUGUGA